AUGGUUUUCAUUACGGAAAGUUUAAUACGAAAACGAGCAGAACAUAAUGAAGGAGAAUUGACAACACUCGAAGAAGUAUCGCUUCAUCAACAAGAUAUUGAAAAAAUUGAAUAUUUGGAUAAAUGGUGUCGAGAAUUACGAAUUCUUUAUUUACAAAGCAAUCUUAUUUCAAAAAUCGAAAAUGUUAGUCGACUAAAAAAAUUAGAAUAUAUCAACUUAGCUUUAAAUAAUAUUGAAUAUAUUGAAAAUCUUUCUGGAUGUGAAUCAUUAAAUAAACUUGAUCUAACAUUAAAUUUUAUUGGUACAUUAUCAUGUGUUGAAAAUCUUCGUGAUAAUAUGCAUCUAGCAGAUUUAUAUUUAACUGGUAAUCCAUGUGCAGAUCAUGAAGGUUAUCGUGAUUAUGUUAUUGCUACAUUACCACAAUUACAAAAAUUAGAUGGGGUUGAAAUUACAAAGACUGACCGAAUUUUAGCAUUACAAAAAAAUCAAGUAAAUGAAUAUGCACGUACAAAACCAGAACGUGAUGCUGAUGAAAAUUUUUGGGAAAGACAAUCGGAAUAUACACCAGAAUCACGUAUAGAAUCGCAUGAAACGAUGAAAAAGAAACGUGAACAUGAGUCAACAGAAACGAAACCCGAACCAAAACCUGUUCGUCAAUAUAUUGGUGAUGAUGGUCGUCCACUUAAUUGUAAUGAACCAAAAGUUGAUUUUAAAAUGUAUGAAAGUGAUGAUGAUCGAUAUGUUAUUCUUGAUGUUUCUGUUUUUCGUCAUAUGGAUACAUCACUAGUUGAUGUCGAUGUUCAACCUACUUAUAUUCGUAUUACCAUUAAAGGAAAAGUUUUACAAUUGGCCUUACCAGAAGAAGUGAAUACAACACUUUCAGUAGCCGAACGAUCGAAAACAACUGGACAUUUAGUAAUUAAAAUGCCCAAAAUCCAUAUAAAAAACUCAAAUAUUUCGAUUGAAACAAAAUCACAAAAAGAGAAUAAAACUGAAGAUAAAAAACCUACUGCAACAUCAACUUAUCUUGAACUUGGUAAAGAUCCUUCAUCAACUGUUGAUUAUACUCAAAUUGUAAAACAAAAUAAGAAAAAUGCUGAAUUAAAAGCUAAAACAAUUUCACCAAAAGAACGAGAAAAUUCAGUUGAUUUCGUUGAUGAUCCAGAUGUACCUCCUUUAAUUUAA